UACAUUUAUGAUUUAACGCAAACCCAAAAAAGCCUAAGCCUUCGCCUUUUUCUCUUCGUCUUCUUCACCAUCUUCUGGGGAAAAACAAAAAAACACAAAACUUUCCCGGCCAUGGAUCCCGGCGACCCAACUUCGAUAAUCUUUUCAAAGAUCAGAACUUUAGAACCAGAGAACGCUUCCAAAGUCAUUGGCUAUUUUCUAUUGCAAGACAUGGAACAGAGAGAUUUGAUUCGAAUUGCUUUUGGUCCUGACUCUCUCAUUCAAACUUUCUGUCGUAAAGCUAAAUCCGAUUUAGGUCUUUCCUCCAACGGUUUCUCGUUAAACCCUAGUUCGAGACCCAUCAAUAUCCAUGGCCAGUCAUUGUCUCAGUCUUCUCCCAGAAAUGGGUUCUUAGAGUUAUCGAGAAACCCUAGCAACCCUUUGUCUCCUUCGUUUACUUCGAACACACUCAGAGAUAACCCUAACUUCAAUUCUAGUCCCUUUCGUGAAAGUUCAUCACUUUUUGCUUCUUCUUCCGGCGGCGAUGAGCAGCAGCAACAACAAUUCAGUAACAACUUUUUGUUCACAAAAGACGAGGAUCCAUUUGCCAAUUUUCACAAGAGGAGUUUCUCGGCUAACGAUGCUUGUCUUGAAUCAGAGGAACCGGGGUUUGGAGGAGGGACCGGUUAUCAUCGGUUUCCACAAGGCGGUUUAGUUGAUGAUUUUGGUUCUUCUGCUGGCUUAGGUUCGCCGAGUGAGAUGGAUUACAUGCUAGAGGAAAUGAUGAGGAUGAAGUUAGCUCAGCAAAAGAGAAUGGUUGCUGCUCAGUUCAUGGCCGCUUGUAGCUCUCCAAUGUUGCAUAGACAAGGAUCAGGACAUUUUGGAGAAGAAGGUGGUUACUAUUUUAGUCCAGGAAGGCAUGAAAGAGAGGAUUCAGUCUCUAAACAGAUUUACUUGACAUUUCCAUCUGAAAGCUCCUUCACUGAUGAAGACGUCUCAACUUAUUUCAGCACUUUUGGACCUGUGGAAGAUGUGAGGAUUCCAUAUCAGCAGCAACGGAUGUUUGGGUUUGUCACUUUUGCCAAGGCUGAAACCGUGAGAACCAUAUUAGCUCGAGGAAAUCCUCAUUUCAUCUGUGACUCACGUGUGCUCGUUAAACCAUACAAGGAGAAAGGAAAAAUCCUUCAAAACAGGAGGCAGCAGCAGCAACUACACGAGCUGUUGGAGAGAGGGAACUAUUCACCUUCUUCAAGUCCUUCUAGAAUGGACUCAAGGGAUCUAUAUGAAUGUCGCUUAGGACCAAGGAUGUUUUCAAACAAGACACAGGAGAUGCUGCGAAGAAAAACCGAGCAAGCUGAUUUACAACAAGCCAUAGAAGUAGAACUCCAAAGAAGAAGGUUCUUGAAUCUGCAAUUGCCUGACAUGGAGAAUGAAUCUAUUCACCAUCACCAGCGUAGUCCUUCUAUUGGUUCUCCCUCUCAUUUUCCGCCUCGAUUCAAUCAUAGUCUUCUCUUUCAAUCAGGAAACAACAACGAAGAAAUCAUGGAAGGAAAUAGUGGAAGAGGUGAGAAAGAUAUGCAGCAAGUAGCAACCAGCAAUGAAGAACGUGGCUACAGUAACGAUUUCUACCAAGGGCAAGAGACGAGUCUGGAGAAUACUCUUCCUGAUAGCUUGUUUGGUUCCCCAAAAAAAUCCGGUGAAACCAACCAAACUGAGUCUGUUACCGAGCAUAAUAAGGAAGCAUCAUCGGAUCAGUUAGCCUAGCCAUGGGCUCACAAUAGGCAGAGAGAAGCAUGUGUAUGAGUGAAAGAAAGGUGUAGAAGACUGAUCAAAGAAGGAAGUAGAAGAGAAGAAUUGUCUAUAUAUAGAAAAAGCUAAGAGGUCUUAACAUGGAACACAAAAGAGAAAGUUAACGAGAACAGUUUUAGGAUUAUAUAUCAUCUACAAUAAUAGGAUUUUACGACUAAUCUCGACAACAUAUGAAUACUCAGAUCAACACAGUAACUGAAACUCACAAGUAGGUUUCUUUUUACCUUAUCGGAUCCAAGUCCUGGUUUUUGGACAAAGGUUGUAUGAAAUGCAUGUGUUUCUUCUUAAA